CCGGCGGCCGGGGCUGGGUCCUGCGGCGACGGCGCCGGGCACGCUGGUGCUGGGCCCGGCCUCUCCCUCCUCAACUUAGGGCGGCGGCGGGCCCGCGGCUCUGGCUCCCGGGCCAUGGCGCUGAGGGAGCUCAAAGUGUGUCUGCUGGGGGAUACAGGUGUAGGUAAAUCGAGUAUUGUGUGGCGGUUUGUGGAAGACAGUUUUGAUCCGAACAUCAACCCAACUAUAGGGGCAUCUUUUAUGACCAAGACUGUCCAGUACCAAAAUGAGCUACAUAAAUUCCUAAUCUGGGAUACGGCUGGACAAGAACGAUUCCGUGCCUUAGCACCCAUGUAUUACCGAGGGUCAGCGGCAGCUAUAAUUGUCUAUGACAUCACAAAGGAAGAAACAUUUUCAACCUUAAAGAACUGGGUGAAAGAGCUGCGGCAGCAUGGCCCACCUGACAUCGUAGUGGCCAUUGCCGGAAAUAAGUGCGAUCUUAUCGAUGUCAGAGAAGUCAUGGAGAGAGAUGCCAAGGACUACGCCGACUCCAUCCACGCAGUCUUUGUAGAGACCAGCGCAAAAAAUGCGAUAAACAUAAAUGAACUCUUUAUAGAAAUUAGUCGAAGAAUUCCAUCCACUGACGCCAACCCGCCAUCUGGCAGUAAGGGCUUCAAACUCCGAAGGCAGCCUUCAGAGGCGAAGCGAAGCUGCUGCUGACCGAGCCUCAGCCACUCAGACUUGAUGAGGAAGUAGGUGGUCCUUAGCAGGAGGGUUGGGGUCCCUGCCACAGGUUUUCACCUGGCCAGUCUUGGGUCUUCUUCGUGCAAAAAGGAUUCACAGAAAUGGACCAGUUCUGUUCUCUUGGUGACUGCAGCAAUGAUAUUUCAGUCUGUGGACUUCUGUAAAGAACCUCUGGUGUGCAAAAGGACAAUAUCGUUGGUAUUUGACCUUGCUGGAAAGGAGCGUAUCAUCGUAUGGACGAUAGGAUUAAAUUGUUGAGUAGUUUUGUAAUCAAGAUUUUAUGUUCCAUUUGUAAAGGGAAAAUUAGCACUUUCGUGGUUUUUCGGGGGGUAAAAAAGACCUUGUGGAGAUGAUAAUUUCCUUGGAUUCUCAUUGCCACUGUUUUAGGGAGUUGUACUAUUUAAAAUGUGGUAGGCUGUCUGUUGAAAGUGGAGAAAUGGCAGUUACUAUUUGAAGCUAAAAUGGGUCAUUUAUAGGACGGAUGGAAAAGAUUUCACCCCUCCCCGACCAUCUCUAACGCACUUUUCGUUGACAGUAUUGGCCGGCAAUGCAGACGGUAAUUAACAACCACAGCCAGAUAGGCAGCUCACCCUAGGUUUGCACUCGACCUUGUCACGUACGAGUCACCAAACUUUAUUGGCACUUUCUUAACUAAGCGCUCAUGGUGACGGUGGCAGAGAACCUGUCUGGAAGAAAUAGAAUUUCCUAUGUUCUAAACUGACUGGCAAUAGUUAAAAAAAAAGGGGAGGAGGGUGGAGAAAGCAGUGUAAAUGCUGUCCAUUUUUUAUUUAAUCCAAACAUUUUGGUGGGGAAAAGCAUUUUCUGUUGCUGAGCAUAUAUAAAGUUGUAGUCUAUAUUUAUGAGACCAGUGCUUAAAGUGUUAUAAAUUGUGUAAAUACUUUAAUGAAUUCUGAGUUUCACCCGGCGCUUCAUGUGGUCUUGCACCCCGUCUUGACGUGCCCGCCUGUUGCCCAGCCUGCCCUGUGUGCCCUGCAGGUCCACGUGUGCAGCGGCAUCGAGCCUUCGGUGCCAGUCUUUAGAGGUUCCUCUGCACCCCCAGCUCCCACCUGGAGGUCGUGAUAAAGACGUGCGCCCCCUGACGAGCCUGACCGGUCCUCACUAGCCCCAGGGCAAAAGGGGAAGCUCCCCCCCGAGCCAGCUCCCCGGCCUUGGUCCUAAGUUUCUUUUCUCUCUCACAGUGACCUCAGUCCGACUGUUUUAAGGGGUCUUUCCUCGUUACCAACUGAGCUUAUCUUUCAGUUUACUCUAUUUUCUCCUGCCCCUUAGUGGUUAACACUCUUUUCCCUCAGGGAGCCUAAUGAGGUUUUUAAGAUAAUCUAAAAAUAAAGCACUGAAGUGAAGUUGGUGAAAAUUUGUUCCUGGUCUAAUCUGGCACCCUUCCAACCUGAGUAUUGUAAGGGAAGGAAAUUUACAAGAUUAAAUAGGAAAUGAAACAGCUUGAAUUUCAAACUAAAUAGUGUUUUCAGAGCUAUCCUUAAACUGAACAGUCAAAACUUUUACAAAUAAGUGUUCUUUCUCUGCGCCCCCCUCCCCCACCUGAUGGGGAUAGAUUUUAAUGGGAAAGUUAUAACUCAAAUAAAAUACAUUCCCGUUUGUUUCCCUGUUGUGUAUCUCAAGCACUUGAAAUUUCUUUCUUACUGAAAUCAAACAGAAAGGAUGUGGUCAGUGAGAGUUCUAAUGUCGCUGUUUAACAUACAUGUGGACCCCCAACCCCUACCCCUGCUCCCCCCCACCCCACCCCCCACCCCCAGCACCUUGUUUCUGUCCUAACAUCGGUGAGCAAGCUUGAGGGGAAAAGAUAGGCUUCGAAGGACUGGGCUCUUUGCACCUGAGGUGGUUUGACUUUCUCUCAUUAUAUAGAGAUGCAUGGGGCACUGCCAUCACCAUGGUGUGUCCCUAGCAUUCCCACCAUAGGGCCUCCCUUGCCACGACAACAAGACACAAACAGAGGUCGAUGCAGAGAGGAUGCCAGCAUGGGCCUUUCUGUCUUAUUUCACCAAGAGUCAGCGCUGGCCUGUGACCUUCACAUUUUUUCCAUCAAACACAUGGGUGAUGCUGGCUUCUUGGUGUCUUGGUUGUCCACGGAAGGGCAAGGUGCUUCCGAGCCACAUCUCCACAGGAAGGCAUCUGAUUCUCUCUCAUCUUACUGUGGCAUCCAUGCUACGUCUUGCCCAAUGUGGGCAGAUCUCUUAAGCCAAUUGCAACUGGUUCUUCUUCACAAUCCCUCACGCCCCCUCCACAGGCUGACAGUGAUCCUGUUUUGUCAUGGCCAUGGGUUUUUCCAACAGAAUGGAUGCCCGACAGCUUCGCCACACCCUCAUUCCUCAGGCAUUCUGGGGCCUCUCUCUCCUCCCCUCCUUUUCAUCACCACAUUAGAUGGAUACGGCCUGGCUUCUUGGGGUGAUCUUUGCAGCACUUAAAAGUACUGCCAUCUCCGUUCCAUAACCCCAUACUCAUCGGAAACAGGGCCGAAAAUGUCUUCAUUUAUUUUGUUUGUUUCUAAAAUACAAAGAUGAAUGUUCAAGUCAGAAGCAGUGUUUUGUUUUGAAAACACUUUGGAUUAUUAACUUGACUAAGCCAUAAUCUCGUACACAUUUCAUAUUUUCUUUAUUGUUAUUUUUUUGUUGUAAGAGAAAGCUAGAUUUCAAAGGAAUAAAUUUUCAAGAAAUCUAUUUUCAAAAAUCAUCUUUUGGUUCCCUCAUGACGCAGGGCCAUUUUUAAUAAAACUUUCGGGACUGUGAAGAGAAGAGUCAUGAACUGGCCACAAGUAUGUAUGGAUUCCUUUCCGAGAAAUUGAAAUGAGCUCUUUUUAGGUGUCUAAUCCCAGAAACCGUCGGUCUCCAGAACUCUCCUUUCACCCAAGUGUUUUCUGAUGAUGCGUUAACUAAUUAACUAUAAUUUGGUGAUUUAAAGAACAUAAAGUGAGAGUCUGAUGAAGUGCCCUUCAUUUUACACGCUCUUUAAGAAGUGAUUGGGGAGAAGUACCUACUGCCAGCCCUUCUGGAUCCAAGUGGAACCGCUGUCACCUGCUCGUCCCUCACAGCAGGACACACGCCUCACAUCGUGGCUGGAAGGUUCAGUUCCUUUUAAAGUAAUCUGCUUUCUUGUUACCCGUUGAUGAUUUUGUGUGAAGUGACUUCCCACUGUGCGCACACUUUUCUGGAAGCCACCCGUGACCAUGGACCCACGCUUGGGUAUCAGAGGCUUGAUUGAUUGAUCUUCACACGGGCUGGUUGUCAGUUCUUCUUAUUUUUAGACACAUAAAGGGAAGGAAAACCACAUUUAAUUUCCGAAAUUCUCCUAAAUCUCGCUGUUUAUGUCUUUUCUGUUCUCAUGGAGGAAAAUAGGUAUAAGAGAGUCUGUUAAACUCCGAGAGUGCUGAUGGAAAUGUCCUGGGGUAAUGAUUCCGUGGCUGUUACGGAGAUGUUAGAGCAGGAUAUCUGUGUCUUUCUGCAUUCUGUUCGAAUGGGCUCUUCCAUCAGCAGGUUUAAUUCAUAUUUUUCUGUAUUAACAGGUACAUCAGCCUCAGAGCUGGGAAAGGCAUUUGUUCAUUGCUGUUCUAUAUUCUGAGCAUGAGCUGCAAAAGAAGUAAUCUAUAAAUUCUUCACAGCAUUUUCCCCCUCACUUCUUCAGAACACAUGAGAAUUGACUUGGGGGCUCUUAGCAUGACAUGGGGGCGCACAGUGUGGUGUAGAGAUAACAGAUGCGCCUCCUCAACUUCCAGAUGCCUUUGCUGGAGCCUGUGUGAGUGAUACACCGAGCCUUUCCUUCUGGAGAAGAGUGAUUGCAAGUCCCUCACCACUCAUCUAUCCAGCGCACCCACUUGAGAGCAUUUGGGAGCGGGGGAAUUGGCAGCCCACAAGCCCAGGCUGGUCCUCUUCUCCAAACCCACUGGGUGGGCCGUAGGUACCUGGCUCCAUGAGGAAAUGCUUAGCUCUAUAAGGGAAGGUAAGGAGCCCUGGUGGCACAACAGUUAAGCACUCCAGCACUAACUAAAAGGUCAGUGGUUCAAACCCACCAGGGGCGCCACGGGAGAAGAACCUGUUGAUCUCCCGUAAGGAGUACAGCCUAGGAAACCCUAAGGGGUAGUUCUAAUCUGUCAUACGGGGUCACAAUGAGUGGAAUCUACUCAAGGGCACUCUCUAGCAACAUAAGGAAGGUUAAGUGACAGAGUAUGUGAACCUGUGAAAUGCAUCGUUAUUUAAAUUUACUUCAAAGGGACUAGCAGCAUGACUGUUUACUGUUUGAGUUCAAGAGACACUCUACCUCUUAACACUUAACCCAAAACAAACAACCCUUUAAAGGAAGAAAUGGAAUGUCCCUUCCAGGGGCAAGCUGUUACCUGCCUUCAGUUAGCUGGGUUCAUCAAAAAAUAAAUGAUUCAAGGGAAUGUUUAGCAGAUUUUCUAAACUCCAUAGCUUAGGUACUAUGAUAAAAAAUAGUUUCAGGCAACACAUUUAUCCAGGAGAUAAACAUUAUACUGUGUAGUUUAGGAGUUGGGGGUGGGGAAUUUAUUUUCGGACUUAAAGAUACAACCUCUGCCCAUUUCUCUCGACGGCAGAGUUGCUGGUCUUCCCUUCCAGUAAUAGAAAUCCAGGCAAUUUGAAGAUCCGAUUUACAAGAAACAUUCAUCGAAUUCUGGGGCAUUUGUCCUGUUUUAUGUGGAAAUUGAAAGUCUAAAAGAUACCAAAAGGGCAUUCCAUCUUUCAGGAGCCUCCAUUUUUUUAAUGUAAGAGACUGAAAAGUGAGAAGCCUAUUGUGAUGAAGAUUCAUUAGAUGAUGAGGAAAGUGAAUAAAUAGAACCAAGACUGCGUAUUUCUAUUUGUUCUCCGGGAUUCUCUUAGCUUACAGGAAAACUCUUUACUCUCCAAGUCUAGAAGGACUUCAGGUAGUACAGGUCAAGUUUAAUUUGAUGGUUUGUACCCUCGGAAAUAACUAAUAAUCUGUGUGCUUUCCUUUUGGAGUAUAAUCGAUUAGAGAUGUGCUAGAGUAUUUCUGGCUUCAAAACAAAAGGAUUCGGAACUUUAAUAAAAAGAAAAAUCUGAAACCUUCCAUCUCCUCCUUUUAUGAUACAUUUUAGGUAGCAGGAAGGUUAGGCUAUGCCGUCAACAGAUGCUGAAAUUAAAACCAUGAGCCUGACAAAUAGAACAAAAAACUUUUUCAUUUGUUUGUUUUUAGAUCUGUAUGGUACCCAGUGCCUUAUCAAAAUACUUCAUAACUGGAACAAACAGAAUUCUGGGUAGCUUUCCACAAACAGGAAUCCAAGUGCCGAGUUCUAUCAGCCAAUUAAUGGGCAGUCCUAGGAGACUAAUGAUUUAUUUGAAGGGGGCUCUUAAUUGACAGCUUUAGACUGUGACCCGGACGUGCUCCUUAAUCAUGCAACAAACAAAACAGGCCAGUUUCAGUGAUGCCACUUGUUGGUCCAGGGCCUUAUCCUUGUAAAUCAAAUUGCUUUGUGCAGGACCUUAGGGAAAAUCACCUUUCAAAUAGCACUUUAUGCACAGGGCCAAUUAUCUUUACUGAGAGCUGGAACUUUCAAGAAAUUCUCAUGGCAUCUUCUGCCAUGUUAUGUAAAAGCUGGGCAGGCCUCGUAUCCCAAGGGGAGUCCCGAGCCCACCAGCCACCCAGCUGGAGUGAGGCAUCCCACUGACAGGAGGGCCCUGCGGGCAGCCCCACACCCCACUCCCACGUCAGAGCCUUGUCAGCCCUCCCUGCCCACAGCCGCGUCCGCCUUUCCUUUAGGCUUUAAUCCUAGUAUCAUUUGUCCAUUGUUAAUUUGUAAGGAAAUGUAUACUUGAACAAUCAGUUGUACCCCCUAGAAAAUUUCAAAAGCAGCUCUUGCAUUUGCUUACCCUGGCUUAUUUUGCAUAGGAGAUUAUUACGUAACCUACAGACCGUCGUCCCACAGAUAGACGGAAGGUUUCAGAUUUUUCUCUUGACCCGUCAGCUCAAGGAGGGGCAGACAGCGACUGUUUCCAACCACUUGUGUCAUGUAGACAGAGCUGCGUUACCCUAGAAAAUUCUUUUGCGCUCUUACUCGGCUCAAUCUUCCCAUCAUUUCACUUUGUGAGUCACGCACAUAAUUGUCCGUCACUCCUCUGACAUUCUUGGGAAUUUAUGUCUUGCCGCCUCUGUGAGUGAAGCCGACUUCUUGGCUUAUUGCUCCUUGCUGAACAUUCACGUGGACUCUCCCUUAAAGAUGCGUGCCCCCAGCCCUUGACCUUCCUUCCCAUGCCGUCUUACCCGAGCCCGAGCUGUAGGGUUUGCCCACUGCACCCAGCUUGAGAGUCAGGACGCACAAGCAUAGUCAGAAACCGGAAAGACGACCUUUAGGUGAGGCAUUCCCAUAGUUUCAGAGGGGGAACGGGAACCAUGAGGUUACCAUGGUAACAUGCCUGACUUACAGAGCAGUUUUUGACUGUUGGCUAAAGUGUUAGAACAUCACUUAGUUUGUAAUAGAGCAUUUGUUACAGUGGGUAAAAAUCCAAAUCAAAAAUCUUGGAGAGAAACCUCUACGGAGAUGAGCCUAGAUGUUAAAAAAGCUAAGUUGUCGUACCAGCAAUUCUUAUUUCUAUGCCUUUUCAAGACCUGAUGCAAGGAGUAAGACAUUUGUGCCUUUUGAUAAUAGCUUCUAUUAUGAAAAAAUAAAAUUAAGUUGCUUACAGUUUUGGCUGCUUCGUAGCACUAUAAACAGCCCAAAUUUAUACCCGUGGCUUCACUGCAUGAUACAUCGCCUGAUUACCUGUGAUGAAAUAUUGUAAUGAUGGUUUGCCAAGCUUAUAUGGAUGUUUGAAGAUGUUAUUUUUGCAGUCUUAACCUUGGGCUGGACCUAAGUCUCUGUAAAUCAUAUGAUACCUGUAUUGUUCGUAGAUGCUGACAGAAGAAAACUAGACCUUUUGAUUCUUGUAAGAUUUUUCUUUUUAUACUUAUGCUGAUUAUAUAGAUAGUUUGCAAAUGAAGGUUGAUUUGGCAUACUUUAAACUCUAUUAUUUUAGCCUAAAUAUUCUAUAAUAAACUUUUAUAGAGUAUAACAUGCUAAAUCACUACAAAAUUUGUGGUGCUGUAAGAAAGGGUGUAAACAUUUUAUUAAUAAAAUGCUAUGUUUACAAAUACAUGCCUUGGCCUCUCAAAUGGUUUCCCUUGUGAUAUCCUUCAUCACAUGUUUUCCUCAGCCCAAUAUUUCAAAGUCACUUCAAAAUGAGUUUUGACAACUGAAGUACCAGAGCUUUGAUAGCUAUAGAUUCUGGCGAGUGACAUGGUGUUUAUAUCAGUUGAACCAGCCUCCCCAGCUUACUGCACCUUUAUCUUACACAGCUCCCCCUCCCUUGUCUUAGUCACGUAGUUCUGCUAUAACAGAAAUACCGCAAGUAGAUGGCUUUGACAAACAGAAGUUUAUUCUCUCACGGUAUAGUAGGCUAAAAAAAAAAAAAAAAAAAGUCCAAAUUUAGGGCGUCAGCUCCGAAGGAAGGCUUGCUUUCUCUAUCGGCUGUGGAGGAAGGACCUUAUCAUCAAUCUUGCCUGGACUUGGAGCUUCUCAGCGUGGGGACCCCAGGUCCAAAGGACAUGCUCUGUUCUCAGCAUUGCUUUCUUGGUGAUAUGAGGUCCCCAUAUCUUUCUGCUCACUUCUCUCUUUUAUAUCUCAAAAGAGAUUGGCUUAAGACACAACCUAAUAUUGUAGAUUGAGUCCUGCCUCAUUAACAUAACUGCUUCUGAUCUUACCUCAUUAACAUCCUAAAGGUACGAUUUACAACACAUAGAAAAAUCACUUCAGAUGACAAAACGCUGGACAACCACACAAUACUGGGAAUCAUGGCCUAGCCAAGUUGAAGCAAUUCAGUCCAUGACAUCCCUCUUCGUAGCAUUCAAUAUUUAAGAUGGGGAACGGUGCCACCAAUGACCAUCUCGAGACUGCUGCUUCCCCCCUAAGAAAGGAGCAGCAAGGUGUCGUGGUUCAUGGAAGAAAAACUUCCCAUUAUUUUGGGAAUUUCGGCAAAGAUGCCAGUAUUUCUAUCAGAGGGUUGACCUUAUCUCUGGAAUCCCAUAAUGCCAUUUGUGGCAUACAGAA